AAGUUAACAUAAAGAAAGCAAUAGAAAUAAGCACUUCUCUAACUCCAACCCUUUUAUCUAAUCUCCACUUUAUGAUUAAAAGUGCCGAAUUCCAGCUCUAAAGUUCUGCAAUCCUACAGAUUCUCACCCAACUCCAUCGAACAUGAAGCUCAGCAAUUUAUAAGGGCCUUUGGAAUGUUUGGAGGCUAACCCAUUUGGGAAUUCUGCUCCAGUGUUUGCUGGAUUGAGAUGGGUAUCACUGGAGGGCUAGUGAGAAGUGUCUUCUCCAAAAGCCGGCCGGUCGGCACUCUCGAAAGCGAUGUGAGGAACAGCGGAGUGGAGAAGAGAAGGUGGAGGAGCUCAGUUAGGUCAUACUUGUGUGGGGAUGAAUACAAUUCUGUUAUGGCAGAGGAGGAUUCAGCUUCAGUGAAAAGCUCUGAAGUGACUUUCUCGAAACCGAUUCAAGAAAGCUCUGAAGGGACUAUUACACAAACAGCAGUAGAGGAAUCUGAGGCCACGGUAACGCAACCCCUGCCGGAGGAAUUCAAUCACACAGGAGAAAUCCAAAGCCAAGUUGAAAAAUUACCGGAGGAAACGCGAAAAGGUAUGGCCAAACAGUUUUGCCAAGAAGAUGCAGCAAUAACCAUCCAAACAGCAUUUAGAGCCUAUCUGGCUAGGCGUGGAAUUGGAGGAAUAGAUCAGUCCUCGAAACAGCAGGAGUGUGUUGGAGGAGGAGGAAGUCCAAGUAGGGAGUCUCCGGGCACUUCAAUUGAAGUCCAAACUGGAAAUUCUACAGAAGUUUUCUCAACUAAGGAGGAAAUCAUGUCUUUCCACCACCGGUUACAGCAGAAAGCCAGGACUACGGCAUUAAAGCUAAAAGAAGACUGGGAUGAUAGCACAGUGAGUAGCAACAUAUCUAAAAUGAGGAUUCAGAAUAGACUGGAGGCGACAACUAGGCGUGAGAGAGCAUUAGCAUAUGCCUUUUCACAGCAGCUAAGAAUAUGUGCAAAGAAGAAACAGAACAGAUGUGAUGGAACCGAAACGAACAUGGGUUGGAGCUGGCUCGAGCGGUGGAUGGCAACCCGGAUUCCAGAAACUUCAUCUGUUGAGAGCUUCGCAAUGAAUCAGUUUGAGCUGGUUGACCCUAACCAAAGAUCAGUGGCUAAUAAGAGCAUGUUUGAUGUCGGAGGGGAAGAAAAGGAGAGCUGUGGAUCUAAUGAGGUUUCUGCUCAAAUUGAGAGGUUUUCAUCCGUAUAUGAAUCAAAAGAGAGAGAUGGCCUUAAACCAGCUAAAAAUAGGCUUAAGGCUGCAAGAAGCAUAUCAAAAAGGAAAGCUGUGCCAAGCUACUAUAACUGUCCAAGAGAGCAUUCUAAGGCAACCAAGAAAGAUUGUCCAAGGGAGGAAGAAAAGGAUCAAAAGCACAAGCAAAAGCAGGAAGGAAUUAAGAGAGAAAUUACAUGCAAAGAUGCUGCAACUCAGCUAUCGCCUGAUAUCAAGACCAGCGGCAGCUCCUAACUGGAGAAGUAAAUCUCUAGAGAGACCAUUGGUUUUCUUCAAUAGUACUGGAAUGUGUUCCUAGUGGCUUCAAAAUAAUGUUGAAUUUUCUCUAAUUUGUAUAUUUUAUGACUGUCAUUUUCUCAGUAAUGAAAAUUCUAGAAUCAAAAGUGGAUAACUUCCAUUCCCUUGAAA